UCCGGAAAAUCGGUGCUGGCAAACUUUGUUUCGGAGAGCAUCGAAGGGAUUGGCAGCUACAGCCCCACGCCGGGUCGCAGGAUCCUGGAGUAUGAGAACCCAAACUUGAACAGUAACAGCAAGGGAGCUGCGUGUCGAUUUGAGCUGUGGGAUUGCAGUGGUGAUCAGAAGUUUGAAACAUGCUGGCCAGCUCUGAUGAAGGACUCUCAUGGUGUGAUAAUAGUCUUCAAUCCUGAGCUGCAGGGUCACCUGAAGGAGAUUGAGAUGUGGUACUCCUGUUUUGUGCAGCAGCAGUCACUGCUGGACACUCAGUGUCUCCUGGUGGCACAUCACAAGCCAGGCAGUGCAGAGGACACAGAAAAUCUGGCCUUGGCCCACCCACUGAACAAGCUAAAACUGAUACACUCCAACUUAGAAGAAGAUCCUGAAGAUGUUCGGAUGGAAUUUAUGAAGUACUUCAGAAGCAUGAUCACCUUAAUAAAUGAGAGCAGAGAGAGGGAAGAAAUGUCAAUUAUCUCAUAA